GUUCAUCCUCAUCAUCAUCAUCUUCGUCGUCGGAGUCUAGUAGUAGUGAAAGCGAGCCCUCGGAUACCUCCCCGAAUAGGCAUCGGACGUCUAUUGGGCGCCGGACCAGGGUGAAGAGUGAGGAGGCCGGCAGUAGUCCAGUGAGGAGAACGAGGAGAAGAAGUGAUAGGAGGAGUCCUAGCCCAGUGAGGGAAGGGGAGAGGAGAAGAAGUGAUAGGAGGAGUCCUAGCCCAGUGAGGGAAGGCGAGAGGAGGAGAAGUGAUAGGAGGAGUCCUAGCCCGAGGGAAGGGGAGAGGAGAAGAAGUGAUAGGAGGAGUCCUAGCCCAGUGAGGGAAGGGGAGAGGAGAAGAAGUGAUAGGAGGAGUCCUAGCCCGAGGGAAGGGGAGAGGAGGAGAAGUGAUAGGAGGAGUCCUAGCCCAGUGAGGGAAGGGGAGAGGAGAAGAAGUGAUAGGAGGAGUCCUAGCCCAGUGAGGGAAGGGGAGAGGAGAAGAAGUGAUAGGAGGAGUCCUAGCCCGAGGGAAGGGGAGAGGAGGAGAAGUGAUAGGAGGAGUCCUAGCCCAGUGAGGGAAGGGGAGAGGAGAAGAAGUGAUAGGAAGAGUCCUAGUCCAGUGAGGGAAGGGGAGAGGCGAAGAAGUGAUAGGAGGAGUCCUAGCCCGAGGGAAGGGGAGAGGAGGAGAAGUGAUAGGAGGAGUCCUAGCCCGAGGCAAGGGGAGAGGAGGAGAAGUGAUAGGAGGAAUCCUAGCCUGAGGGGAGGGGAGAGGAGAAGAAGUGAUAGGAGGAGUCCUAGUCCAGUGAGGAGAAGAAGUCCUCGUUCGAAGGAACGUGAUGUGAAGAGGAAAGAUGAAAGAGUAUCGAGAGACCGCGGUGGGGUGAGGAGAAGUGAUAAGAGUGCAAGUCCAGUAAGGAGAGAUGAUAGACACAGAAGGUCAAGGGAGCGUGAUGGGAGAGGUAACAGGAGGAGACCAGAUUCACAGUACCGUGAGGAUCAGAAGAAGGAGAAGAGGACAAGUCCUAGCGUGAGGAACCGCGAGAUGAGUCCUCCACGUGCUCGAAGUAUGUCGAGAUCAUCGGGUGAUGAAUCGGCGACGUGAUGGUGAUAGACUUAAUAUAAACAGCGACUUUCGGCUCACACUA